AUGGCGAAGUAUACAGCCCUCGAAGAUAUAAGAGCAGCCCGGUCGACUGAGAGUUCCAUUAUCAUCAUGAUCACCAUACCAAACUAUUAUCAUCAAUUGCAAUCAACUAUGGACUCUUCUCUCUCAGCGGCCCACCAGUCCUCCGCCUUGAAGGUAGACUUCGCCUGGUCCAAAUUCAAGGCUCUCAUCAGCGAUGUCAGCGACCCUGAGUCAAAACCUCUCUACAUCGUCGGGUUCCAAAUGCUUCGCCCGCCUCAUCUAACCUUUAAGUCUGGGGAAAGCGACACAACCGUCGGAACAGGCACCCUGCACGCAAUCGACAUAAGCCCCGACUACGAAUUACACGGGUUCAAGGGCACGAUCAAGGCCCAGAAGCGGCUCAAAACGUCGUACACGCACCAAUCCCGCGCAUACUCGGAAACAGGAUCACCCGUUACCAUGGCAUGGACCAGCCACAGCGGAUUCAAAACGUGGGACUUUGUCUGCAUGGACGAGAACCAGAUCGCCGUGGCGAAGUUUGCGGCUAAUAUGUGGGGUGUUAAGAAAGUGGGACAGAUCGAGUUCCUUGGUCCCAAGGCUAAUGACUCUGCUGUGCGGGAUGAGAUUGUUGUCACUGGUGUCACUUUGUUCUAUUGCAUGUGGCUACGGGUGAACAAUGUGUUUAAUCUUGUGGGCUCGAUUUUCCUUCGUCCGGAUCAUGAUAAGAAAGAGUCGGCUUCUAAUGGGGAGGAGCAUGCCGCUUGCUAG